CUUAUAUGAUCUGAGAUCAGUCACAAAGGUCUUCAUGAGCUUUCUUAAUUCAAUAGAAUGCUAAAACUCUUUGAGCCUCAUAAAUGUAAAUAAAACUUAUAUUUGGUGAAGACAGCUUAGUACUCCAAUGCUCCUUACAGGGUAAAUUACUCUUUCUCAAUAACUAGGAUGCAUAGACCUUGGCUGUCUUUGGCCCUCAACAUCCUCCAUCAGCAUUAAGAUGUGCAAAUGUACAAUUGUUGGUCAAAACAGAUAGUAGUUUGGCAACCUGCCAGCCAUAGAAGAAGGCAAAAUAGGUAUUGCUACUUUGUUAAUGACUUUUUGUUAUGUUGAUGUAGUGAUGCUAUCUACUUAUUUUGUAAACAAUAUUUCUAUUGUAUCAUUGAAAACAAAUGCACUUGAGAUAACGCCUUCAGAUUCCAUGGCAACAAUCAAUUCUACACUGAAAACCUUUCUAUUGUACUUUGAUCACUUCUGUCUUUGGUAUUUGGACUUUCAGUAUCAACUUUAUUAGUUAUUUUCUUUUGUUUCUUUCCAAAGUGGAUAUUGAAAGCGGCUGCACUGGAUCAGCCCUAUUGACUGGGAGUAUCCCAUAAAACGUGUACACACCCAGACAGCUGUUGCUUGUUCUCCACUUUAUAAGAUACUAGCUGUGCCCGGCCACGCGUUGUUGUGGCUUAGUCUGGUGGUGUUGGUCAGUCUACAUUAGGUUGUAUUGAUGCUGUGACCUCCACCUUCUUUAUACUCACAUUAGUAGUAGUAUUUGAAGUCUGUUACCUUCUUCAAUUUUUGUGUUGAUUGAUAAUUGCUUGAGAUCCCUGUUGUCUUUGGUUUGUUGUUAGUUGUAAUGUCUGAUUCUGCUGAGUGCGGUUUAUAUUUUUAUUGUGGUACAAUAGUCUUUUUUUUGUUUUGCCUGUGUAGGUGUUUAUUAUUAUUGUUGUUGUAGUGGUCAUGAAGGUUGGAUAAGUUAGAUGCUACUGUAUUGUUUUUUGGAGGCCCAGUGUAGCACUGACUGGCCUCUCAGCCUCAGUGCCUGGCUGCUUCUUGCCUGUGAUGGUGUUGAUUCUUAUUGUUGUUGUUGUUGUUGUCAUUGUUAUUAUUGUAAUUGUUUUUUUUGGAGGCCAAGUGUGAAUGUAGGGAUUGGGGAGGUGGAUGAGUUGUGUUGUCAAAUUUUGUAUUUGUUAUAGUCACAAUGCGUUGUUGUGAGUUUUGUGGGUCCGGAUUGUGGUUUUGUGGUGUGGUUGUGUUGUUACAACUGAGAGGCAAGGCUUUUGUGUAGUGUUGCCAAGUUUUGUAUUUCUGGGGCAUUUAGUUGUGUGCCAAGUUUUGUAUUUCUGGGGCGUUUAGUUGUGUUGUUAUAGUCACGAUGCACUGUUGUGAGUUUUGUGGGUCCGGAUUGUGGUUUUGUGGUGUGGUUGUGUUGUUACAAUCGGGAGGGAAUGCUUUUGUGUUGUGUUGCCAAGUUUCGUAUUUCUGGGGCGUUUAGUUGUGUUGUUAUAGUCAUGAUGCGUUGUUGUGAGUUUUGUGGGUCCGGAUUGUGGUUUUGUGGUGUGGUUGUGUUGUUACAACUGGGAGGCAAGGCUUUUGCAUUGUGUUGUCAAGUUUUAUAUUUGUGGGGCGUUUAGUUGUGUGCCAAGUUUCGUAUUUCUGGGGCGUUUAGUUGUGUUGUUAUAGUCACGAUGCGUUGUUGUGAGUUUUAUGGGUCCGGAUUGUGGUUUUGUGGUGUGGUUGUGUUGUUACAACCUGGAGGGAAGGCUUUUGCAUUGUGUUGCCAAGUUUCGUAUUUCUGGGUCGUUUAGUUGUGUUGUUAUAGUCACGAUGCGUUGUUGUGAGUUUUGUGGGUCCUGUGUGGUUUUGUGGUGUGGUUGUGUUGUUACAACUGGGAGGCAAGUCUUUUGCAUUGUGUUGCCAAGUUUUGUAUUUCUGGGGCGUUUAGUUGUGUUGUUAUCGCAUGAUGCGUUGUUGUGAGUUUUGUGGGUCUGGAUUGUGGUUUUGUGGUGUGGUUGUGUUGUUGUAACCUGGAGGCAAGCCUUUUGCAUUGUGUUGCCAAAUUUCGUAUUUCUGGGAUGUUUAGUUUUGUUGUUAUAGUCACUGCGCAAACAACUUUAUCAUUUUAUAUAUAUAGACUGUUCUUGACAAGCUUUCCUGUCCUUGUUCAGAAAUGGAGGCGCAACAGAACAAGCUGGAUUUUUUCCACAAGCUCGGCUAUGACAAGGACCAAGUGUGCAAAGUGCUGGAGAAGCUGGGUCAAGAGGCCCUAGAGAACGAUUUACUACAAGAGCUGAUUCAAAUGGGGAAAAGGCCUCUGGAUCAUGAAAACAGGCUUCAGGAACAUUCCCACCCUAACCCUGUUGGCCAUGGAUCUUGUUACACCUUGACCGCUUUCCAGCCAUCUUCUGAGGAGGGCAAUGCCCCCUCCAGUAACCUGAGGCCUGUUGUGAUUGAUGGCAGCAAUGUUGCAAUGAGCCAUGGAAAUAAAGAAGUGUUUUCAUGCUUGGGAAUUCAGCUGGUGGUGGACUGGUUCAAACACAGAGGUCACCAAUAUAUCAAAGUCUUUGUCCCAUCUUGGAGGAAAGAAUCAAGUCGUUUUGAUACUCCCAUUACAGAUCAGCACAUCCUUGAGAAACUUGCAAAAGAAGCAAUUCUGGUCUACACACCAUCCCGCAAAAUGAAGGGGAAAAGGAUGGUAUGCUAUGAUGAUCGUUAUAUAGUCAAACUGGCCUAUGAGCUGGAUGGGAUUAUUGUCUCCAACGACAACUUUCGGGAUCUGCAGAAUGAAAAUCCUGAGUGGAAAUGGUUCAUUGAGCAGCGACUACUGAUGUAUUCCUUUGUCAAUGACAAGUAA